AUGUCGAAAGACGAACAAAAAGGUAAGUUCAUUGCGAAAUUCGUUGUCUAUUUAACGCUGUUUUUAUUCAAUAAAGCAUACUUUUUACUAUACCUAUUUGUUUUAAGUUUUUUAUCGUCAAACCGCAAAUUUUCAUGUACCGAACUAUUUUAAUAAUAUGCAUAUGACUAGAAAUAGUUCAUUAACUGCCCUGGCUGAUUUAAUAUGACGAUUUAAUAUGUUGUGCUGUUAUUGAAAAUUAUCAUGCCCGCUUAUGGUAUACAAAUACUAGUACGAGAAAAUGUUAUGACUCCAUUCUUUCAAAACGCUUCAAAUUGGGUGAACUUUAACAAACAGUAUAAAGGUCCAGACACACCGGACGCGAUUCGACAACGCGACGCAAUUUUUUAGUUUUUGAAAGUUCAUAAAACAGCCAAUGAGAGCCAAUGUUGAAAGAUAUAUAGACCAAAUAACUCAAAUGUGAACUGAGUCUUUUGCUUCCUGUUUUGUCUUUUGAUUUGUUUUGACAAAUCACACUUCAUAUUUGAUAGACGGAGUUUUUAAUCUUGCGCUACUGUUUAAAGAUUUUCGUUAUUUGAUGAAUUGACUCCUUCACCAACAAUAAAUUAUAGUAACAAUGUACCUCACAAGUCUAUUAGACAGGUAUUAAAAAACAGACAUACCAUACAAAAUACAAUGCCCUUUGACAAGGUGUUGACCCAAGCGAAUAUUUUUACAGCAUCGCAACCUUUGAACCCUUGCCUUCUAAACUUGUCUAGCUGCGGCACUAUGCCAAUAAUUCACUUGCCUUUUAUAUAAAAUUUGAACACUCAGCUUUUAAACUUUCUCUGCGACCAAAACGCUGCGGGACAAUAAGCUUAAUACUCGUACUUUAUUUUCCACAUGAAAGGCUCAACAUAUGAAAUGGGUGUAAAAUGGAUUAUCAUUGCAGCAUUUUUUAUCUGCAUUUCAGAUUCAUCUUUAGUGGGAUAUAUUCACAAGUUAAGUCCCAUAAAAACAUCAUCAAAAAAUACAAACACCAAGUACUUUGACUGCAAGAUACAAGUCGCGAAUGAAAAAGCUGUGAGAGUGGUAUGUUAUUCACCAGAGAAAAGAGUGACAAUUCAACAAGCUUGGCAAAACAACUCGCCUGUGAAAAUCGUAGGAACAAAGAGAAACAGAACAACCACAUUCAAUGCCAAUAGUGAAGAAUACACAAUAACCAAACCAGCUAAGAUUACUCGUGCCGUUGUGGAUUUCGAAAUGAACGAAUCUGUGGCGCAUCAUCUAGUUACUGUCAAAGAUUCCUUGUGUGCAAAUAUCUUUGAAACAGUAGACCUCAAAGUCAAAACAAGAAAGAAAGCAACCCAUAAUCAUCAAUAG